UAGAUUGAUGAACGAUAAAAGAUUUCAUGAUGUGGAAUCAAUAGAUAUCAGAAAACGAAAUUAUAGAAAAAUAAUUCUGCGAUAAGCAAAAAAUGUAAAUUGGCCAGGAACAAGUGUUCUGAUAUUCCGCGAGUUUGUCUUGCAUUUGAAUUUGCGAAUUUCAAGUAAUGAGUUAUUUUAUAGAUGGUAAUAAUCAAAUAUUUAAUUUUGAACUGAUAAGAUAAUUACGGAGUGGGUGCUUUUAGACUUUUAGCUUGCAGACCGCGAACUUCUCGUAUUUGAACGUGGUGGUAUCGAAAGAAGGAGAACCAUAUUUAAUCAUACCACUUGAAAGAACACGAGAUGAUAAUUCAUGGUUAUAAUCUGGGCUCAUGAAUACAUUAAUAAACUCAAAGAAUUUCCCACGUAAUGUAUCGCAGUCUAUUCGUCUUUAAAUACAAAGUGAUUAAAAAAAUGAUUGAAUAAAUAAUGAGAAGAAGGAUAUCUAUACCCUAGACCAAAUGUUCAAACAUUCGGCGAGCAUUUUGAGAUCGUAUAAAAGCACAGAAAUACGGCGAUGGAAUUAUCUCGUGGUGCUAUCAAUUAGACAUGACGCGAGUUUCAACAUUAAUUAGCUGCUUUCUAUUUUGUGCACUGGCUCAAGUGCAAGCUAAACCAGGAUACGGUGGAACUGACCAGGAAUGGGGAACAAUAGAAAUUCGUCCUGGUGCUCACGCCUUCUGGUGGUUGUACUAUGUCAAUCCUCCGUCAAAACCACCGAAUUUUGAUGUUUACAGUAGACCAUUAAUAAUAUGGCUGCAGGGAGGACCUGGUUUUGGUGCUUCUGGAAUUGGAAAUUUCCUCGAAAUCGGUCCAUUCGAUAUGAAUGGAAACCCUCGCAACACAACAUGGGUCAAUGACUACAACAUUCUUUUUGUCGAUGCACCAAUAGGCUCAGGUUUCAGUCAUGCUGAUUCCGAUAAAGUGUACAGUACCAGCGAUCGUGCAGUCGCUGAAGAUGUCAUCAGUGUUCUCAAGCACUUCCUGGAGACAUUCCCGACAUUUAAAAAAGUCCCAACAUACCUUGUGGGCCAGUCUUACGGAGGCAAAAUAGCAAUCCGUGUUGCGUGGGAAUUGUAUCAGGGGAGCCAAAAUUUCGAGCACAACCUCCGGGGCGUCGGACUCGGUAGUCCAGCAAUAUCAUCAUUGGAUACGUUAGAGGCUGUUCCAUCAUAUGCAUUUCAUCUGGGGUUUAUCGAUGCUAAGCAGAAAGAUGCAGUCCAAGAGGUGGUUGAUCAGAUAAAAAAACCCAUAGAGCAAGAAAGGUGGACAGAGGCGGUGGAUAAAUGUGGUGAUGUGUUGACAAAAUUGUGGGAGUAUACCGAGCCUUUUGAUUACACCAAUAUCCUCCAAAAACACAGCCCUGAUUGGCUCUUCAACAAGCGAAUCUUAGAAACUAACGCCUUCAUGAAUAAGAACGUAAGACCUGUGCUGAAUGUUACCGCUGACUUUGGAGCGCAAAUGGAUCAUGUGUUUGAAGCUCUUCUGCAGGCUUAUAUGAAACCUGCAAUCAAUUACGUCGGGAAACUUUUGAAUCAAACAAAUCUGAAAGUCAUUGUAUACAGCGGUCAGCUGGACUUCUCCGUUCCAAUUGCAUCAAUGGUCUCGUUGUUUGAUCAAAUAUUUGAGCAGGACAGUGGAUGGAGCAAUGCUAACAGAACUACUUUGGUUGUCGAUAAUAUGAUCGAAGGAUAUCAAAAACAUUAUCGCAAUUUCAGUCUCUACUGGGUCUUCCGCGCUGGGCAUUGGGCACCACCAGACAAUCCAUAUGCCCUUAGAAAAAUAUUGCAGCAAUUCAUUGGCUCCUGAAUGGAAAAUUCAACAGAUGUAUUUACUGAAGAAAUAGUUAUGUUUUUCAUUAUUAUAGGAAUAAUUUAUUCUGAUCCUCUCGGAGAACGAUAAAUAGAUCUCAGUAAUAUCAUCCAGUAUGGAAAUUUUAUAAUUAUGGGAAUGACCGCGCGGUCUGCGCUCUAUUCCGCUCGCGGUAACCCCCGGGACAGUUGAUCUGAAAGGUUCCUGUAGAUUUUAAAAUCGAUUGUCGAUAAUAUCUGGUCAAAAUGUACGGGAAUUUUCGUCUUAUCGACAGGGGCUAAUCCUUAAUUAACAAAAAAUAAUAAAUUGUUUAAUUUAUUCGA